AUGCGCUUUUCUCGAGGAUUCAAGAGAAAAACAUUGUUUUCAGUACGAAAAUUUGAGUGUCAUUCUCAAAAAGUACGAACAUUGGGCCCACGUGAUGUUUCCGAAACUAAAGUUCGAAGAUGUCGUGAACAGGUAUACAUGACAAAAUCUCGACUUGACAUGCCAGUCAGUGAUGAAGAUUUUGCUACUCGAAAGAGGAAGGGAGAUGAGAUUAUCGUGACCGAGAACAACGAGCACGAUAGCAAAGAACUCAGAGGAGAAACUGACAGUGAUGAAAAUUACUACGACCCUCUAGAAUCGACCAAAGAGGUAACGGGAGAUGGUAGUUCUUUCGAGGUGACCUCCAGUUUGAGAGCCCAGUCUCCACGUGUUAAUUCUAAAUCGCAGGAAAUAGACAAUGAUAUGAUGGAAGCAAUAAGUGAAUCAGUAAAUUACAUAAUGGAAGAAGAACAGAGAAGGCGUGAAGAGGCUGAACUCGCCAUGGCUAAUGAGAUCAUGGAUGAUUUUGACAUGUAUUGA